UUGCUCGAUCGUCAGUAUAAAUCCGAACGGCGAGGGAGCCGUUCGUCGUCGGUCGGUUCACCGUUUAUCAACGGCGCCCAAGUGCCUUGCCCCAAGAGUAUAUUCGCGAUCCUGGAUCCACGUUCAAGGAGCCGCGACACACUCCUGAGGAGAGUCACUCUGCCCAUAACUUGACAAGCAAACCAAGGGUGGCCCAAUUGGCCUAACUGGAACCACGGGGAUGAUUUUUCUCGCAAGUAGUACGGGUCAACGCUCCCUGAACGUCUACUCGCACCUUCGCGGAUCGACCUAAGGUUGUAAGGUCGCAGCCCUAGUUGACAAUGUUCUAAGAUGCCGUCUCUACUGGAAGCCUUGGAGCUGAAAUACGGCAGUUCAACGACUGACUGUUCUCUGACCGACGAAGAAACAGAGUCAGGCUCUCCAAAGACGGCGUUGUCCGUGAGCAUUUUUGUACCGAAAAAAUCACCCCGUCAUACGGUUCCAGCUUUGCUUGUUCUGCAAGACUGCGAUAUAGAAUCUGCCGGAAACGACGACGAGAAGUUGAAGAAUAAGUGUAAGAAUGUCGAAGAGCUUGACUUGGCACAAAACAAAUUAACCCAAUGGACGGAAGUUUUUGGCAUUCUUCAGCACAUGCCGAAGAUAAAAUUCGUCAACUUGAGUUUCAACAGUCUUGCGGACGGGCUCGAAAUCAAAGAUGGAAAGUACGAUCUUCUCAAGAAUUUGGUCCUUAACGGAACACACGCGUCUUGGACGACGGUUCAGGGUCUGGUUCAGCUUCUCAAGAAUUUAGAGGAGCUUCAUCUCUCAUUGAACGAGUACAAAACUGUUGAACUCGAGUACGAGAAGCCAUCGAACAAAAACACGUCCGUAAAAAAAUUGCAUUUCACCGGUAACCCGAUAGAGAUAUGGUCGGAAAUAUCGAAGCUUGGCUACGUUUUUCCGAGCUUAGAAAGCCUGGUGCUGGCUGAGUGCCCGAUACGCUCUCUGAGCCUUGAAGAAAACCGAAACACCUUACCGAGAUCGGUAUCCCACGAAAAACUGUCGUCGGAGAGCAACGACAACGAGAACAAAAAUCUACCGGACUCAGAGACGUCGGACAAGUGCCCGGAGAACCGGAUAUUCGUCGACGAAAAAGCGUACAACAGAACCGAGUCGGAGUGCGAGUCAAGCAGCACCAAAGUCAGGUCACCUCACGAUCCAUUCAGGAUGCUGAGAUUCCUCAACGUCAACGGGACGCUUCUUUCCACGUGGGACGACGUCGAGAGGCUCGCCAGGUUCCCCGCUCUCAAGUCCUUAAGGAUUCAAGGGUGUCCUUUGUUCGAGAGCCCGCAAGAAUACACGGAGCACGAAAGGCGGCAGCUUUUGAUCGCCAGGCUCCCGAAUGUGGAAACGCUUAACGGUGGCGGAGCCAUCUCAGCCCAGGAACGGGAAGAUGCUGAACGCGCCUUCAUCCGUUACUACAUGGACAAGCCGGAGGCUGAUCGCCCCGAGAGAUACGCCGAGCUGGUCGGGAUUCACGGGAAGCUGGAUCCUUUGGUUCACGUGGAUUUGACACCGGAGAAACGUGUCAAGGUCACAUUUACGUACGGAGAUCUUGUCGAGGUACGAUGCGUGGAUGUUUACCGAACGGUUUUCGAGCUUAAAACAAAGCUAGAAUCCAUGGUCAAAAUACCAGCAAAUCGGAUGAGGCUGUUUUACGUGGACCAGGAAAUGAGAACGACGUACGGACCGGAAGAGAUGCUUUAUCCGAACAAACAACUCUACCGCUACAAUAUUCGGCACGGAGACGAGAUAAUAAUCGACAGUAAAUUGAACCGGUUCGUUUCUACGUCUUCAAGCACGUCUUCGAUUCGAUCUUGAAGAGGUCCAGCGAAUAUAUCUCUCAAGGAGAUUCGAUUCGCACGGUCGGAAGUCGCGCCGGGAACCCGCAAUUUCCCAUUCGGAUUGAGGACCCUCAAUCGCAGGCAGCGAUUUCUAUUCGUUGACGAGUAUACUUUGAAAAUCGGUCCAACAGUUUUCAUAUAUAUACGUUCUAAGGAUUAAGUUAGUGGCUGUAUUUAUUGAUUCUUCGGGGUUGAGGGCGUGUCGUAUUACAGAGAUAUCUGCAACAAGAAGAAUAGAUACGAGCUCGUGUUAUUCCUCAGACUGGCGGCUGAUUCCCUCGCAGAGAAAGGCACGCUGCAGUUAUUAUUGAUUCCGUGUAGCUCGCAAAUUUCAAUCACUAAUUUAUUGUUAUUAUUAAUCAUAAUAUAUCUAUCGCUAAUAUCGUUACAAUAUUACUACUUAGCUGUUAUUAUUAUAAUUGUGGCGCUUAACGAUACCGUUGAUCUAGUUAUGCCAUGUUAUAAGAGAAAGUAGAGAAGUCAGCGUACAGUUGUGUAUACGUAACUCUGUCCAGGGGGAUUCCAUCAUCAAACGACACGAUGCGAUACGAGUUAUCUAUUUACUUUAUUCUCGCCGAAUAAGCGACGAGUGAUUGCGAGCCCUGAUCGAGAAUAACGUUGCCACAAUCGAUCCUCGGAUCCCGCCUAAUCGGCAAGUGCCAAGUGCCAAGUGCCAGGGUGAAAAGUAAAUUAUGGCUUACACAAAGCAAGACGUGAACCCGACCGUCUCGCGUUUAGUUUUGUGGCCCGAGUUCCCUACUUCGUAUUUGUUAAUUAGCAGUAAUUGUAGGGGAUUUCGAAACUUUCAACCGCAUUUCGUUAUCCUUGGCGUGGUCAGAGCUGUAGAGUAUUACCGCCUAGACGAUAACCAAGGAAUUUUAUUUCCCGCCAUUUUGGUGCUUGGGUAUAUUACAUAAUAAACGUGAGUUAGGUAGGUACUGGUCUGAAAAAGAAGAAAAGCCUUGAAGGGUCACUUACAAUUAGUGCCUAAUUAUAGUAUAAUUCGAAUAAUACUAACACUGCCCUGUACAUACUAUAAUUCGUUCGGCUUGUCAAGGCUCUGUAUAUACAUAUGAUGUUUUUUUCACGCGAGAACUGAAGUGAGUCGAGGAAAUUUUAUCGACCACGAAACAACAAGUUGUAACGCUAAACUUGACAAGUUGGAGCAAUGGGAAUA